GCCCUCCCGCCAGGGCUGGAUCCCGGGAGGAGGUCCUGGGUGCUGAGGUCGAGCAGGUACCUCUGGGUCUGUGGAACCUGGCGCACGGUUCUUCCCCCAAAGCUGCCAGGACAGCCAGGCUGGGGGCAGUGCCAGACCGGCAGCAGCCGCGCAGUGGAGCAAUCAUUCUGGGAGGUGUCCAAAGCUGGCCCAAUUUCUCUGAGGCGGAGCAGAGGAGCUUGAAUGGGAGGCUCCCAUCAGGGACACAGAGGACCUGAUCCGCUAUUCCUCCGCCAGGAGGUCCCCCAGGGCUACACUGUCGCAAGCUCCUCACUUGGCUCUCGUCCUCCGGCCGGGAAGCAUGGAUCUACCCGGACUCCUCUGCGCCUUCUUGCUGGUCGUCUGCUGCUGCUGUCGCCGCGCCACUGGUGUGCCUGGAGAGGCGGAGCAGCCCACACCAGAGCUGGUGGAGGUGGAAGUGGGCAACACGGCCCUUCUGAGGUGUGGCCCUUCGCACUCCCUGGGCAACCUCAGCCAUGUGGACUGGUUUUCUGUCUACAAGGAGAAGCCCACACUCAUCUUCCGUGUGCGCCAGGGCCAGGGUCAGAGUGAGCCUGGGGAAUACCAGCACCGUCUCAGCCUCCAGGGCCCAGGGGCUCUGGCUCUGACUCAGGUCAUGCCCCAUGAUGAGCGCAUCUUCCUGUGCCAGAGUAAGCGUCCUCGGUCCCAGGAGCACCGCAUUCAGCUCCAUGUCUUCAAAGCUCCAGAGGAGCCAACCAUCCAGGCCAGUGCCCUGGGCAUCUCUGUGAACAGCAAGGAGCCUGAGGAGGUCGCCACCUGUAUAGGGAGGAAUGGGUACCCCAUUCCUCAAGUCAUUUGGUACAAGAAUCGUCUACCCCUGAUGGAGGAGAAAAAUCGUGUCCACAUUCAGUCCUCGCAGAUCGUGGAGUCAAGUGGCUUAUACACCUUGAAGAGUGUUCUGAAGGUACAGCUGGUUAAGGAAGACAAAGAUGCCCGAUUUUAUUGUGAGCUCAGUUACCGACUGCCCAGUGGGAACCACAUGAAGGAAUCUAGGGAAGUCACUGUCCCCGUUUUCUACCCAGCGGAAAAAGUGUGGUUGGAAGUGGAGCCUGCAGGAAUGCUGAAGGAAGGGGAUCGUGUGGAAAUCAGAUGUUUGGCGGAUGGCAACCCCACACCUCCCUUCAGCAUCCACAAGCAGAAUCCCAGCACCGGGGAGAUGGAGGAAGAGAGAUCCACUGACAAUGGCCUCCUGGUGCUGGAGCCUGCCCAGAAGCAGCAUAGCGGGCUCUAUGAAUGCCAGGGUCUGGACCUAGAAACCAUGAUACCACUGUUGAGUGAACCCCAGGAGCUGCUGGUGAACUAUGUGUCUGAUGUUGACGUGAGUCCCGCAGCCCCUGCAGGCCAAGAAGGCAGUAGCCUUACACUGACCUGCAAGGCAGAGAGUAACCAGGCCCUCGAGUUCCAGUGGCUGAGAGAAAAGACAGGCCAAGUGCUGGAAAAGGGGCCUGUGCUUCACUUUGACCAUCUGAAACGGGAGAUAGGAGGAGGCUACCGCUGCGUGGCAUCUGUGCCCAGCAUACCUGGCUUGAACCGCACACAGCUAGUCAAUGUGGCCAUUUUUGGUCCCCCAUGGAUGGCAUCAAAGAAGAGGAAGGUGUGGGUGAAAGAGAAUACAAUGCUUAAUCUGUCUUGUGAAGCAUCAGGACAUCCUCGGCCCACCAUCUCUUGGAACAUCAACGGCUCUGCAAGUGAAGAAUACCAAGAUUCAGAGAGGGUGCUGAGCACUCUGAAUGUCCUUGUGACCCCAGAGCUGUUGGAGAGGGGCGCGGAAUGCACAGCUUCCAACUCCCUGGGCAGAAACAGCACCAUCAUCAUCCUGGAGCUGGUCAGUUUAACCACCCUCACACCAGACUCCAGCAAAACAGCUGGCCUCAGCACCUCCACUGCCAGUCCUCAUGCCAGAGCCAACAGCACCUCCACAGAGAAAAAGCUGCGGGAGCARGAGAGCAAGGGCGUGGUCAUUGUGGCUGUGAUCGUGUGCAUCCUGGUCCUGGCUGUGCUGGGCGCUGUCCUCUAUUUCCUCUACAAGAAGGGCAAGCUGCUGUGUGGGCGGUCAGGCAAACAAGAGAUCACGCUGCCCCCGUCUCAUAAGAGCGAAUUUGUAGUUGAAGUUAAGUCAGAUAAGCUCCCAGAAGAGAUGGGCCUCCUACAGGGCAGCAGCGGUGACAAGAGGGCUCCAGGAGACCAGGGAGAGAAAUACAUCGAUCUGAGGCAUUAGCCAUGGAAUCACAUUGGUUCUCUCCUCACCUGGACAGUUUCUGGCUCCCUGCUCACUCUUUUCCCCAGCCAAAGCCCCCAAAGGGACUACAGAGAAGACCCUGCUCCAGCACACCUACAGAUCAAUUCUAGAGGGCUAUGGGCUAGGGCCAGAGCCAUCCCAAGAAGGACCUCACUUAGCCCUGGAGGCCCCCUUUUAGGGCCCAGUCCACCUCUAUCUCCACUUAUGCGAUAUUCAGAAGAGGCCUCAGUUCCCCACAAGUGACUGAAGUUUCUUGUAGAACAUGUUUUCUCCUUAAAUAUGCUAUAGCUAUAAAUACCUGUCUUCUACCAGCCCCUAUCCGAGCUGGUUUUCUGCCUACCCCCCGCCAGGCUGGCUUUGGUAAUUCAUUUGUACCCCUGACAUGAGAAGGCACCAGGGCCCAGGUGCCURUUCACUGUCACAGAAUGUCAGUUUUGCUGGCUCUGGAGAGUAUGCUGUAGUAUCCGGAAGCAGUGGCAGAGUCGCUGCUAUAACUUCCUGCCUGCCUCUUUUGUGACAUUUUCUCUUUGGGCAUAAAUCAGGAACUGGUGUUAUUUCCUCAAGAAUAUGUCCUGCAGGGAGGAAGCCGGGUGACAUUCCUGUGAAGACCUCUGAGCCUGAGCCUCUACAUUUACAUGGCUCCCAGUGCCCUCAAAGGAUCAUGUGAGACUGAAAGAUGAGAGAUGGAGGGAGAGAGAUGAGGUGACCUGUCCUUUAUGGGGAUUAAGGCUAUAGUUAUAUUAUCACCAAAUUUCUAUAAACUGAGCUAAUGGGCCUAGACUCUACAAGGGCCCAAAUAGGAGAAUGGUACUUAGGGAUGAAAAACCAGGGGCCUGGCUAGAGCUUUGGGGUGUGUGUGAGUGUGUAGUCACAUGCAUGCUUGCUCAUGUGGUUUUGUUGUAUGUAAAUCUGCAAAUUGUGUCUAUGUGUGUGCGUGUGCGUACGUGUGUGUGUGUGUGUGUGUGAGAGAAAAAUAAAGCUUAAUUGUCCUGGAAGUUGUGCAGUGCUUUCCAUUCAUCAUGGGUACCACAGGUACCUGGGGUUUCUCACCUGCCCCCAAAAGAAUACAGAACCUUUUGCAGCUGCCAGUGGAGACCAGGGUUUCUUCUGGUUCCAGUUCUGCCCCAGAGAGGAUAGCCCCGCCAUUUCUCAGCAGCAGGGGGCCUGGCAGACUGCUGGCCAAGCAGAACCCACCUCAGUAUCUGGUCAUAUAUUGCCUCCCAAAUGAGCAAGAACUCGAGUCUGCUACAACAAAAAAAAACUUUAUUUAAAAAUACUUCUUUUACAGACAUGGGUGCUUGAAAAGCUCUUUAGUUAACUGUGUAUGGAAAUGAAAAAUAAUUAAUAAAUAACAUUAGUAUAACAGACCUCUAAACAUUAAUACAUUGGCAAAACAAUGGACUUAAAAUGAAAAUGAAUCUUAAAGCUCUGCUAUUCUCUGUAAGAAUAUUUACCUUCUGUUUUUUCUUGUUCUUUACAGGUGAGGAUGAUUAAAUACUGCUAAUAUAAUUUUUUUUAUAUUAAUGACACAUUUUUAAAAUAGUCCACAAAAAUCUUACCUAAGUGUCUGUUUUGUUUUCUUAACACUGAUAUACAAAUUGGGACUCUUCAUUCUAGAGAAAACAUCAAGUUCUCUCCAGCCCCAYGCAGGUCAAGAAUUUCAAAAUCUUGAAUAAGGAGGAUUUUAUAAAGAAUUGUUUCUAUCUCCCAAUUCUUUAUUAGUUAAAGGCAGGGAAGAAUUGAGGAAACGAUAAGUAAAAUGUCACUAUAUAGAAAAUUUCCUCCUGCUGAAACCUAUUACAAUAAUAAUACCGACAGGCUUCUGGUACAUAUUCCUUGCUGCCCUUCUCUGGGGAAAAGCAGACCUUGUAGAGGGCACUAGCUACUUAAUGCUUUUAAGUUUAAAGACUUCAAAUGAAAGGAAAGCCAAGUCUGAGGAAGAAGCAGGAGGUCUAGGCUGGCUCAGGAUCCAGCAAAAAAAAAAAAAAAAAGAACUGCCUCCCCCUUUCAGGAGAGUCCACCCUAUACUUUUCCAUAUGCAACAGGGUCAUUGAUAUGAUCAGGGAGCUGGGGCACUUGGAAUGGUCCAGAGUAUAUCUGGAAAUUGUGGAACAUUUUGUCUCUUGCAAGAGACAAAGCAUUCAAUCUGAUAACUAAGCUGCUGAUUGGAACCAAACAAGUGAUCCCAAGUACAAUGCUGCUGUCUUCCAAAAAAGCCUCAUGAUAGAGCAAAGGGACCACAGGCAUACUGUAUCUUGUGUGCCACAUCUCCAGCCACAGAGAGACUCUUCCUAUUCCCUGGACUCUAGGGCUAAGGAUACUCAAGGUAGAGGAGCUCAGACUCGGGCAUUUCCAUAUUAAGUCCUAAAAUGCAGCCUUGGAUACAGUGCUGCCUUAGAAAGGCACAAAAUGUUUGGCUUUUUUUUUUUUUUUCAGUGUGCUAAAAAUUGUUUUGAAUAAAGGAAAAAGAUAUAUAAGGUUAAAAAUCCCAAGUAGCCACAGCCAGAAAGCAGAUGUAGGAGGUACCUCAUAGCUGCCAUGCCCUGCCACAUGUUUCAGCAGGAAAUUGGGCUUGUCAUUCAAGGCCAAGACACUAAAACAGUACUGAGCAGGGUAGGUCAGGAGCCAUCUCCUCUCCACAGGCAUUGUACUAUAGGCUCCUUUACCCCAACAACAGGACAGGAGAGAGAGGCCAUGGGAGAGAACACAUGGUCUACAGACUCAAGUAGUUCUCUGCCUCUUCAGUUUCAAGACAGCCAUAGCAUGGCUACCCUCACCCACCAUGGGGUCAGAGGUAGGCAGGGAGGAAGAAGUGACACAGGCACCCAGCACUCCCACUUCAGGGCCUGUGCAGGGAGGCAGUGUAAAGCCUGAGGAGCUGCUUGCAGAAGUGCUGAGCAAUCAUCUUCUCUGGCCUUCCAUCCGGUUCAGGGUAGGAAAAAACAUGUGCAAGGCAAUGUGGAGGGUUGCUGCUCACAUUCUCUUUUGGGACUGAAUCAGGAUUACAAAGCCAGGUGAUCAGAACUCUGCUGAUUUGUUCAGCUGCCAGAUCAGGAGAUCUGAGGCUGGCUUUCAGCCUUGACUCUGUAAAACACAGGGAGUGGUCAGCCACAUUUUUCUCAAACACUAUACUAGGGAAAGGGGUGGCAAGAUCUCCAAACAGCUGUUAGUCUGUUAGUCAACAGCUGGCUCUUCUGCCUGGGGGCUUUCCAUUUGACGCUGAAUGAAUGUGCAGGGUCUGCUCUCUCCGUCCUUAUUUCUCCAUCUCUUCCUCUUUUACUACUUUCUGGAACCAAGGAAUACUGAUUCUUCCCUUUGGAACAACCCAGAUUUCCUGGGACACUGUGAAGGCACAUGGCACUACUGUCCCUCUAAUCCUUAAUUUAGGAGCCUAGACUAGACUAUCAAACACAAAAUCUGGUGACCUACCCUUCCAUGUGCCUUGAUGUAUGUCUUUGGAUUAUUAGGUUACUUCUGUGUAUAUCAAAUGACUCUGGUAGUUUAAAAAAGUUAUAAGCAAGGCAUAUAAAAUGCCUUAUAAUGCAAAACAGGCUCAGGAUGGGAAAAACAAUAGAUCCAGGCAAGGUGAAGCAUAGUUUAAGGGGGGGGGGGAGCUUUAAUAUAAAGGAAAGCAAUCGGACAGGGAAAUACAGACAUCCUAUCUAAGGAGCUUGCAGUAGAAGCUCUAUACUACACUGUAAUCUCUAUAUCCUGGAAACAUCCCAACUCUCACCCAUUUUUAUUGGCUCCAGCAAAGCAGUUUCUGAGGUGCCUAGGAACAACACUGCAGAGCUCCCUCACACAGGACAACAAGGAAGAGGAGAAGAGGAGAUGCAAGAUAGCCAGGAGCUCAAAGGAUGGAUAGAUAUUCAACACUAAAACCUGAAGAGUCCACAAAUUCAAGGGUAGUAGCUAAGUGGAAUCGUGAUCUCUUCUCAGUGACAUGAAAGAAGGCUGAAGACCUGAGGUUGAAGGGUGGCUAAGAAAUGCCACCUAGGAACAGACUAGCAUGCCCUCAAGAGGGAGGAAAAAAAUCUUGGAUGCCAAGACUCAUAAGACGAAGAAAAGUAAGAAAUAAAGAAGAAACAAAGACAGUGAGCAGAAUUAAAGUGAUUCUAAGGAUUUACUCGAUGACCCAGACACCUUCUGAUGUCUGUCUUCCCACUCUCAAAAAAGCAGGACAACAGCAGCUUUACCACUGGAGUAGAAGUCCCUAGUUCUGAUGCUGCUGCCAUUUGCCACACCUUCCUGUUCUUCCUGAAGGCCAAAUGGUCAGGGAUGGACAUCUGAUCAACAUGCUGGGCUGAGUUUAUUCUUUCUUAAGAAUAUGAACUAAGAGGAACUGGGAAUCUGUUCGUGGUUGUGGUGAUCCCUAGAGCUGGAGGGUCACAUGGACUUGAGGACUGGGGUGCCUAUUUGGAAGCUAUCCAUGCAAACAGGCUAUGAAGUAGGAGGGACCAUGCAAGAAUCAACUGUACUUCCUAUCCUGGGUUCCAUAAAAAUAUUCUGCCCUUAUCACUGACUUCCUCCUUUCUUUACCUGGAAUAUUUCUUGUAUCCAAAGGAUCCGUAACCAGGAAAGUUAAAAUACAAUCUCAACCUGGUUCCACCAUCUGCCCUCCUUCAUGAAUUAAGUGGUUAUGUGCAUUUCCUAAAGAAAGAUUGCUAAUGUAGACUAAGAUCAAAGUUGUAAUAGAAAUGUUUUAGGUGAAGUUAGAAUACUUUAGAUUGAAUUUUGAAGUGUUAGGGUUUAGGAGAAUAAUAAGGUGUUGAUACUAAGCUCUGACAUCUCUGUGGUUCCCUGCUCUGAAGGAAAUGCUGAUACAGAGCACUGAGUCCAGUCUGUACUACUGACUGGCUCUCAGAAGACCACACAAUCCACCGAAAAUCAGGAUCCAAAGACAGGUGCCUCCUAUCUCCACCCCUUCAAUGACAUGGAAUUAGCUGCAAAGGCCACUGAAGGAUUGGAAAACAAAUCCCCAGUAGUAAGGGAUGGUAAAAGGUAACAGAAGGCUAAAAGAGAAACCUUCACAAGAAUGGGGAUUAGGGACACAAGCAGCUCAGUAAAAAGAUCAAAGAAGGCACUAGAUUGAAAGGGGCCUGUGGGCAGAUCCUUUGCUUAAACAUUUAAUGCCCUACUAUACAACUCUAAGCCAACAUACCUCUUAAGCCAAAUAGAUGCCACUGAAAGACAUAACAAAGGUGGGUAUCCAUGAAACUCAGACCAAGGAAUCUCCUCAAUAUUAUAAAAGCUAUAGGAAGACAACAGGGAUUUCAGAGGAAAGUCUUAGACUGAUUUUAACCAGCACAGAUCUUUAAGAAUAGUUAAGUCUGCAUAAAAUCUGUGAAUAAAAUUGUACAAUCUUACUUGGAGGAGAUAUUUUAGGAUCAAAUUCAAGUGCUAGACAGCCUGAAGUACAAUCCCUCAACAUCAGUAAACUACCAUGUGGUGGAAGGGAAUAACAUAUAGCUGACAUUCCUGGUGCAUGCUAAUCACCCAAACAUUUGCUGAGUGAACAACUGAACUGCUAUAACCAGGGCAGUAUUCAGUGGACAAUGGUCAUUCCAGAGUCAAAAAGGCCAACAGCAAAAGCAAAGUAUAAGGUCAAUAACCUUCUAACUUUCAUGACAUGAGGUAGGAAAAUAUUCUGCAUUAACACCACUGCUAAUCACCUACAAAAAACACUAGAUCUUGUUAAAGGUGUCUUAAAGCUGAUCCCUAGUUCGCAAGAAAGUUGUGUUACAAAAAUUAAUUUGUAAGUUGCUUUUGGGACCAUAAAACACAUUUUACUUUUUAUAAAGGAAGUAAAUAUUUUAAGUAUAAAGAAUAGCAACCCCCCCCCCCUUUAUCCACAGAACACCUAAUGAUACUAAUAGUAUCCCACAUCUUGGACUCUGGCAAUGAGAGUCUGUCUACAAAGAGAAAGAGAACAGGAAAAAAAAAAAAAAAGGCAGAAUAUAUAGGGUGCGAUUG